AUGACGGCCCUUGCUGCUGCACCCGUCAUGAAUGGUAGCCACGACUCUGGAACCGAAACGGGAACAGAGCACAGUCCCUCUCGUUUUACUGCAGUAAAUGGGAAAGACACCAUGGUGUCUGGGAAUGUUCCAACCUCAAAUUCCGUUACCGGAGAGCGUGCACCAACCCAGGAAAAAAACAGCUUAGAUCCUAGUCAACGAGAUGACCGGGAGGCUCUUGCCAAUGAUCAAGAGAAAUGGUCACAACGAUCUUCACCUGGUGGCUCUCACAACAAGAAUAAGAGAAAGAGAUCAGAGUCACGAGAGCAGGAUUCUCCAAACCCCGAAGGCAUGAACGCCUCCCGGAGCCCGGUGAGCCGUACUGCUGAAAUCAACCAGUCCAAUCCAAACGGCAGCAUGCCAGGGUCGGUCUCUGAGGUGGAGCGUGGCAAUCAUUCCGCAACACCCUCUCAUCGGUCCGAGGGCAAUGAUGCGGGCCAGACAUCUGCUAAUAGUCCCUGGUCGGAAUAUGAUUCUCAGCUGAUCACCCAGGCACAACGAGCCCAGCAAAUCGAUGCAUCGGAUGCACACUUGGUAGAUGCCCUUCAGCGCGAAGCAGGCCAAGAAAGAUCAACUGGCGCGAAUCGCUCGACUCCCGGCGCUCAGCAGACAUCCUCCCCGGGUUAUGCUCCAGAACGACAUAGCGCGGUGCAGGUUGCGCCAAAAAGAAAGCGCGAAAAAAAGUGCGACGAGCAACAUCCGGCAUGCAACAAUUGUCUGCGUGGCGGCUUCUUGUGUGAAGGGUAUUCAUCCCGAAGCACCUGGCAGAAGCCAUCUACUUCAAAAGCCCCGGUCCCUUUGCAAUCGAAGGAGGGCUAUUCAGAUCUCAAUGGCCCGUACAUGCAAGAAACACCGCGGCACCAAGACCGGCAACCCAGCCUAGUAGAACAUGUUGAUGCGACAAAAAUACGCCCCUUGGUGGUUGAUGAUAAUGACCGCCCUGCUCAGCAAUACAACACCAGUCCUACCAAUACAGCAUCCAAUCAUGUAUGGUCAAAACAAGCCUGGCCAGGCGCUGGGCCCGGGCCCGGUACCAGUGCUGGUCAUUCCCCGUACCCGUCUGAGCCCAUGGCAAAAGUUGUUGAUUACCGGGAAGUUCCGCCUAUCCACGAGCUAUCGCGGGAAGGGCGACCCAAACCUGACUAUCCAGUCAUCUCAUCACUUCGAGAUCUCGGACAUGCAUCUCAUGCUAGAUCCAAUAUGCCCCUGUUCCAGAAUGGACCGGAGCAACGAACACUGCCUGCUGCGGCUGUGGAUACCCAUAGUCCCCAGGCGCAGGCUCGGAUGGCCCUUAGCAUUGAACAUCAGCUCUCGGGCCGUAAUGUCUCGGGUGACGAAACCGAGAAAGAAAAGAUGAUUAGAGGCAAACUUUACCGACCGUUUGAUGUCCACCUCGUGGAGGAAAGGGAUCGCUGCCGAGGCGCGCUUUGGAAAUUCAAUAACGCCUGCAACCCGCUUACUGGUGUCAGCUCGAAAGAACAAAAUCGCCUUUUGAAGGAGGUCAUUGUACCACCGGCAAGUUCGGUUGUCAAUUCCCCGGCUGGAACCGGUACGACUCGUUCGGCCGGAUCCAUUGGUCAAGGAGUGGUUGUCGAAGCCCCUUUCACCUGCCACUAUGGAUACAACAUCCAUAUUGGAGAAGAUGUCAUGAUCUCAGAGAAUUGCCUUUUUGUCGAUGACUGUGUCAUCCGCAUUGGUGCUCACACAUGGAUAGGCCCCAACGUCAAAAUUGUCACUUCAACUGCUCAUCCCAACAUGCAAGAGCGCAAGGGCUCGCAAAGUCGAUACCAAGGUUGCCAGGUUAUCAUUGAAGAAGAUUGUUACGUGGGCGCAGGAUGCACUAUCUACCCAGGCGUUCGUCUUUCUCGUGGCGUUUAUGUGGCUCCAGGAGAAAUUGUCAGAUCGAACAUUGCAGCUUACGGAUUCCAGGGUAACAAACCAGGAAUUAUGUGA